AUGCGCCACAGCCUCACGCAGCUGCUGGCGGCCUCGGCCGGCGGGGCCAGCCCCUCGGGCGCCGUCUGGCCGCUGGCCGGAGCGGGGCAGGCCCCGAGAGGGCGGGAUGGCGGCGGGGAAGGGGACCCGGGCCCCGCGCGGCCCAAACCGCAGCCGCCGCCGCGGCGGGAGCCCCCGGGCGCCUCGGAGCCGCGGCGGCAGGAGAAGGAGGCCGAGGCGCCCGGCGGCCCGCUGGAGGUGUGGGAGCAAGAGGACUGGUUCCCGGGGCUGGAGCUGGGAGACCUGCUGGAGGCGGCCCGGCCGGACUGGGACCUGGACGCGGAGCUGAGCGACUGCUUCUGUGGGGACCCGGAGCCGCUGCCCGCGCCGGGCCAGGGCCCGCGGCCGCCGGCGCCCGGGCGGAGGAGCGGCGGGGCCGGGAGCCGGCUGAAGGCGGCGGCGGCGGCGCGGUUGAACCGGCUGAAGAAGAAGCAGUAUGUGCUGGGGCUGGAGAGCCGCCUUCAGGGCCUGGCUGCCGAGAACCGGCAGCUGCGGGACCGCAACCGCGGCCUGAGCCGCCGCCUGCGAGAGCUGGAGCGGGAGAGCAGCUACCUGCGGGCCGUGCUGGCAAACCAGAGCGCGCUGGGGCAGCUCCUGAGCCGCCUGGCCGGGACCCGCGCUGGCGGGCUGCAGCUCAGCACCAGCCUCUUCAGGGACACGGGCAGCCCCCGCCGCCCCCAGCAGCACCUCCAGCCCUCCGGCGAGAGCAGCGACCACGACUACGCCCUGCCCAGCUCCCGGCCCCGCGGGCUGGAGGAGGCGGCGGCGGUGACUGAGACGGAGGAGGAGUGGGCGGCCCCCGGCGGGAUCUGCCUGCACGUGGACCGGGAUCAGGUGUCGGUGGAGUUCUGCUCCAUCUGUGCUCGGCGGGCAGCGGCCUCCUUCAAAAUGUAGGGUCAAGUACCUGCUGCAAGUACUCGUGGGGUUCUCACCCGUAAGGGCCUCGCGUCGCGGCGGAGGAAGCAGGCGAUGUUUCUCUUUUAGGUGGUUGCCCUGCCAGGCUCCGUUGUGUAGGGGUUAAAGAACAGUCGUUUUCCACCUCGCAACCUGUGGAUUCAGCUGUGUUGGGGCAGAAGAGACGGGACCAGCUGCUGGCCACAUUUCCUGCUUUAUUUUAAAAGGUAGUAUAAGAAAUGAGAAUAAAGAGGUAACAGGGCUUUUGCUGUCUUUGGUUAAAAAAAGAAGUUGAAUGCUGGGAUUAUUUACUGUCAUCUGAGAUGAUUUUUUAAAAAGGCAGUAGUCUGUCAAACAGGUUUUACUCCACUGUAUGCAGAAUUCCAUCUGUUCAGGGGAUAUUGCCAGCACAAAAGAGAUUUAGUGGGAUAUGUGUGACCUUACACCUCUGUGGUGGCAUCAACAGGGCUGUUCAAAGUUUCAGUCUUAACUUGGGUGACUCUGCUCUAACUGAGGGGUUAUACCAGUGCACAGGAAUCAGAGUUAACCACCAGGACCUGCACUGACUGAUAGGCAAAAUGGAAAUAAUUUAGGUUCAACCUAAUUUCAACCUGCCUAGCUCAGACCUCAUGAACAUGCUUCAUUUUUCAGUUAAUGUGCUUGAGGAAAAGAGAAACACUAACGUAGCAAGCAUGGGAUGUUCCAGUGGCGUUUUUAUGGUUACUUCAGUGUAGGAGUGUUUUUUAAGUUAAUUGAAUAUGCAUUCUUUCUUGUCGCAUCACUGCUGAAUGGCAGGGCCAGGGACAGUUCUUCUGGCCUCUGCUGUGAACCUGCACAAUGCUCUGUCGUGACACGACCUGUGGCUGUGUCUGAGAGCAGCUGAUUUUCUCACAUGCAAACUGAUGUAUUGUGGUACAAGAACAAGGUCAAGUCCCAAGAAAGUCAGUGGCUGCAGGCAUUUCUAGUGCCUACUGAAUCAUAUUUAAACCAAAUAGAAGGGAGGAAGUUAUUUGAAACUAACCAACUGUACUAUCUGUAUGGUGUAUUAUUAAUGUAGCUUUUUGAAGUGAAAGCCUUGAAAUGACAUAACUUAAUACUUGAAAAUAUAUUGUAAAUGUUUCUUUGUAAUUAUGUGCCAUUCAGAUAAGAAUACAAUAUCAUAAUAAAAUCAGACUUGUUGAUCUUUCA